AUUGUUUAUAAGUUCUGCGAGAGUGCUUUGAUGUUUCUUACUUUAUCUCGAGUGACCGAAUAGUGAGUAUAUGUCUGCAGUGUUCGGUGGCUAAUUUCAAGUGAAAAUGCCAAGCUGUUCGUCGGAAAGUUUGUCCAAAGUGCCGUGGCCGAGUAACGAGAGCAUUCAUGCCGGUAGCAGCAGCAGUGGUUCCGGUUUGCAGAGCCCCAUUUCUCCAAAUUCCUUCUCUCCCGGUUCUACUUCGCCGGACAACACACUCCGGAAACGACGCAUCCGUCGCACUUCAUCCCUGGGGAGCGUUAUCCGAGAACCUUUCGUUAUACAGUCUGACGCCCGCGACCUUAGAAGCCAAAGCCCCGUGCACAACUCACCCCAAGAAGAAGACACGUACUCAGUACUGAGUGCCGUGAUCGGAUGGUACCCUUGUUUUUUGAUCCGCAUACUCAAGGCGAUGUUUAUCGCCAUCCUGCCGAAGACCUGGAAACAACUGCUGUUUGCUUUGCCCAUGCUAUGGAUAUCCAUGUGGAUUUGGUUGCUAACGCAGCUGGUUCAGUUACCACUUACGAUGGUACGGAUGCUUCUUUCGGCGGUUUUCUCGCCGAGGGUACCGCGGAACCAGAAAAAACGUACCGUGCUUAUCAGCGGAGGCAGCACGAUCCAAGCGUUGCACCUGGCUAGGAAUUUUUACUCGGCGGGCGCGAGGGUUGUGGUAUGUGAAAUACAGGGUGUUUUCGCACUGACGCGAUUCUCCACCGCCGUUAAUAAGUUCUACACGGUACCCAAACCUACCAGCGAUCAACUUCAGAAUUACGUCCGCGCUUUGUGCGAGAUCGUCGACAAAGAAGGGGCGGUCUACUACAUACCGGUAUGCGCCACCACUUCGGCAUAUUAUGAUGCCGUCGCAAAGCCUCAUUUGGAAUUGCUCGGAUGCACGUGCUUCUGCCCGGGCAUCAAAGAAGUCUGGGUACUGGACGAUACCCUGGAAGUUUUAAAACGAUGCGAGAAGUACAACGUAAGCACCCCGAACUACUACGUGGUAACUUCACGAGAGGACGUCUACAGGCUCUACGAUACGGGUACCAUUAGACUCGGUAAUUAUGUAAUGUCUACCGCGGGCCCCAGCGGGUUGCGGGAACACUCGAAGGUCGUUUUGCCGCUGUCGCGGAACGAUCUUAAACUUCCAAACGACAUCAGCGAACAGAGGCCGUGGGUAGUGGUGCAAGACCUCGAAGGCGAACAUUAUCUUACUUGCACGACCGUCAAGGAGUCCCAGGUGAUCGCUAACGUUACCUGCAAGUUCGAAAAGGAAAGCGGCGGUCUGAUACCUGUGGAGCACAAAGAAAUAAACCAGUGGUUGACGAAUUUCUUCGGCAAGCUGCAGCUGCUGAGACCGAUUACAGGACACGUGAGCUUUCGGUUCGUCGUUACGAAAGAUACGAAUACCAUAAAGCCCCUCAGCAGCAGAGUGGGGGUGUCUUUGCCUUAUAUUUGUUAUACCAACGUCCAUCCCCGUCUCGUUUGGCGACCGUGUCGGCAUUUUAAAAGACAAAACUCUGGUCCUCUGGUGAAUGGCAAUGGAACCUACCGAAUGACCGACACGGUAUUAAACACCCUAAAGAAUCCUUCAUUAGAAACGGUCACAAGGCUGAUAGGUACAGUUUUGGAUAAAAGGGACGCAUUGUUUACAAUAUGGGACCCGUUGCCGUACUGCGCGUACUACCACAUGCAGUUGCCUUUCCAGAACAUGCUGGGUUUCAUGCAGAACCGGCAAAACAAGUUCCCCAGGCCUAUAACAACCCCGGUGCGUUGAAAGAGUUUUUGCAACGCCCAUCGGAGAGAGAUUAAAGGCUUGACUUCAAGAGAUGUUUUGGCUGACCGAACAAAUAUUUUUAUUUUAAUGGACUGUUAUCAUUCUAGUGUUAGCGAUAGUCUUAAAAAUACAUUUUAUCUGUUAUUAAAAAUAACGCGUGUCGAAAAAAAAUCAUUGCAUCAAUGGUUCGAGUUUUACUCGCUUAAAAUAUUGGACUGUACAUUUAGCAGACGAAAUACAAAUAUGUUUAUGUUAAGGUCUUCUGUUAUCCGAUAACGGCAGAGUGUAAAUACAAAUUAGUAAUGCGUGUCGUGUUAUAUUUAUAUCUCGCGCAAAAAAAAAUUAUCGUGUACAUAUUUUUUUUACGAUUCCCAUAGUGCAAAGUCCAUUUUUAUUAUAAUGUUGUUGACACUAUUGUUAAGUACAUACAAGUUGUUUAAUUAUUUGUUGUUGCUUCCAAUGUAAAUAAAACCAG